UUCUUGACCGAAGGCGGUUAAACAAGUCACACCUCCCACAUUUAUAGUUAUUCUCAUCGCAUUUAGUGGCGGAUACAGACAUGAUACUCUUUAUGCAGACAUCAUUCAGUUUGAAAUGCCAGGUAAAUGAGAGUCAGACUCAGUGGCGCCAGGGAAUCCCAGCACGACCUGAGAAAAAGUAGAAUCCUGCCUCUAUUAACCUCAAUUACAACCGCCAUCAAGUCCCCAUUGUUCCUGUGAGAUCGCUUUGCAUAUGCAAACAAAGAAGUGUGCCCCUCCUAUAUAGCGGCCAAGAGUCAUCCAUACAAACACAUACUGCUUCAACCGCUGCUUCUAUCCACUAUGGCUAACUUUUCUGUUGAGUGCCUUGCCAGGAGUUAUUAUGAAGAGGUGACUCCACGGACAAAGGAUGCCGCGCUUCAUUCGCGAGAUCUCAGUGAAAUCGUGGAAUUUACAAAGGAAUCAAGAAGUCGAUACUCUGCAACAUCGCCAAACAACAGAUGCGACAACUCUUCUGGGUCCGAGAGUGAAGUGGGAGAUGACAGCGAGGGGGAGGCCACCCAGCAGAGGAGACUCAGGACCAAGUUCACAUCCGAACAAGUUAGCAAACUGGAGCAUACUUUCAGCAAGCAGAAAUACCUGGGUGCUACGCAGCGGAGGAAAAUCGCCGAGGAGCUGAAUCUUUCUGAAACCCAAGUGAAAACGUGGUUCCAGAACAGGAGGAUGAAACUAAAAAGGGAGGUCCAGGACAGAAGGACGGAGUUCCUGACAGUGCAGACCUCUCUUCUGCCUCCGAUGCUGUUUCAGCACCCAUUCCUCACCGGACAGCUCCCCGCCAGCUGCGGCUUCUACCCGCAACUGCACCCGCUCCCCGCACCUCUGCACCAUCACCCCUCCCACCCCGUUCUUCUGCCGCCGCCAAACUACUUCUGAGCUCCCAGAACUUUUAUCCCCCAAAUUCCUGUCUAGAAUCUAGAUAUUCCUCCCCUCAUUGCUCUCUCUAAAAGAGAGAUUUUAAAAGUUGUGAAUAUAAUUGCUUUUAUUAUGUCUGAAGCACUGUACUGGGUAUGUUUUGGUGUUGUAAGUAUCAU